AUGGAUGCCACUGCCUCGCACCAGCAAGCUGCAAGCCCAAACGGCACGUCCAAGUUCUCCUCGCACUCUCAGGAACAAGGCCAUGACUGGAGUGGCGAUGAGCGCUCCACCGACGACGAUGCCAACGACCGCGGCCAGGCCAGCGCAUCCAACAAGCGCAAGCGGCCGCUCUCCGUGAGCUGCGAGACAUGCAAACAGCGAAAAGUGAAAUGCGACAGGGUCUCGCCAGCCUGCUCGUGGUGUCUGAAGAACCACUCGGCAUGCGUCUACCUCCCACGUAAGAAGCCAGGCCUCCGAGCUGGCUACGGGCGCGAACUCGAGUCGCGACUUGAUAAGCUCGAAGCUCUCCUCUUGCAGCAGCAGUCGCAAAUCAACCACCUCACCAACAACCAGGUCGCGACUUCCGGCCCCUCGCCCCAACACGUCACUGCCUUCCGAAGCCCGCCGAUUGUCCACACUCCUCACGUCCCCAGGCCCGAGACCGCCCUCUUCAUCCAAAAGUCCACCUUUCCCUCGCAGAGUGCCAUCCACACCACAUACGGCAAUGGCGUCACCGACAACCGUCCCGCCUCCUCGGUCGCCAGCCACAGCUACACGCCCGAAGACAUGACGGCCAUGGGCGGUGCCCUCACGCGCGAGCCCUACACACCCUACAACGAGCAAUUUCAGCCCGCAAUCGCACGAAACUUGGGCCACGCCGACGCAGAUUUUCCUCCCUACGACCUGCUCUAUGGGCUCGUCGACCUCUUCUUCAAGCACAUUAACACUUGGUGUCCGAUCCUCCACCGCCAAAGCACUCUCAACUCACUCUUUGGAGACACGCCUCUCGAUGACGCCGACAAAAUCAUACUCCAUUCGGUUGUCGCAACAACCGUAAAGUUCUCUACGGAUCAGCGCCUUACGCCUGAGAAGCGCACGCGAUACCACAAGAAUUCCAAGGAAAAGGUUUUGCUCUACGGCAUAGAGAACAGCUCGGUCAAGUCGCUGCAGGCCCUUGUCAUCCUUGCGCUUGACGUUGUUGGCUGCUCCAAUGGCCCGCCUGGAUGGAACCUGCUUGCGCUCAUAACUCGCUCCGUGGUCCAGCUGGGCUUGUCGGUUGAGAGCUAUUCACCAAGCGUCGCUCCUCAGUUUGCAUCGAUAUAUACCCUGCGAGCCAUGACACUGCCGGAACCAAAGGAUUGGAUAGAGGAGGAGAGCCGGCGCAGGCUCUUCUGGAUGGUCUACGUUCUCGAUCGGUACGCAACGGUCGCGACUGCCUUCGAAUUCGCUCUGGACGACAAGGAAAUCGACCGUCGUCUGCCGUGUCGUGACGACUUAUAUGCACGCAAUGCGCCUGUCGAGACGAGGUGGUUCCAUACAUCAGCACGAUCAGAUUAUAGCAUGAACAGACCCGAGAAUCUGGGCUCAUUCUCAUACUUGAUUGAGAUUCUGGGCAUUCUCACAAGGAUACACAAGUUUUUGAAGAAGCCCGUGGAUAUCACGUCUCUGUCUGAUGUCGAGUCCUGGCAGAGCGAAUAUCGAGAACUCGACAACGCCAUCGAGCAGUGGAAGUACAAUCUUCCGCAAGAAUACGGCAACUCGGCCAGACUAUUCGCAAAGCCGGGCAUGGGACAAAACCUCGACAGUGGUUUGGUCAUGCUCCACGCAGCUUUCCAUACCACCGUCAUCCGCUUGCAUUCAUCUGCAGCAUACCCCACUCAUAGAUCACCCAUCUUUACGCCGUCUUUUAGUGCAAGUCAAAGGUGUCUCAGCGCCGUUGAAAAUAUUACUGCUCUAUGCGCUACUGUGCGCGACAACGCGCUGCUGAGCAAACUCGGCCCUCCAUUUGCCUUCUCACUCUGGGUGGCUGCCCGAGUUCUCCUGGUUCAUGGAUCGACCAUUGAUCAUCGGGUGGAUCAAUCGAUUAACCUCCUCGUGAGCACCCUUCGAGACAUGGGCCAGUACUGGGAGGUCGGCACACGCUAUGCAAGCCUGCUGUCACGUGUUCUAUCAGAGUACCAAGAAAGCCAACAAGCCCCCGCUGGUGCCAACGGUGAACGCGUCACGCCCUCGACCGUGAAGAUCCUGGCGGACAUGCGACGUUGCGCAUUUGACUUGGACUUCCUCAUUUCGCGACAGCCAAAGCUCAAUAGUAACCAGAGCACGAAGAUGGCAUCCGUUACUCCGGCUCGAACACCAGCACCCAACGAACUUGAGUAUUUGGAUGUAUUCGAUUUCUUCAAUAUGCCCAGACUCCCAGUAUCGAUGGACGGAGUCAUGAGCUACCCUGCGCCCGACGGUAACGUGCAGAUGCCUGACGGCACUUUUGGCAACGAAUCCAAUAUUACGAACUACAUGGUUGAUGCUAGCUCCGACUGGUUUAUGAAGCAGACGGCGUAA